AUGACUUGGGAGAUGGACGAUAACCCACGUCAAGGCCGAAUGAGCGUAGGCAGCAUCGGGAGUCUGUUCGGGACCAGGAAGACCCGGCUCCGGCCGCCGUCCGUCAUCGUCACCGCGGACGAGGACGAGAACAUCGGGGACUUGAACGUGGUGGCCGGAUUCGGGAGAAUCGGCCGAAAGAACGGGAACAUCCCGGGAAUCGGGCAGGAGGGCGUGAACAAUGAAGCCACGACGUCCGGCGUCGGCACCGAGACCAUGCAAGCUUCCGAUCUUCGUGUUCUUCCCAGGAAACAAGAAGGCAUGAUGAUUCUGGACAAUUCGGGAGCCCCGUCGGGUCGAAAAAAGCACGGCCCCUUCCGACGAGUGCUGACGUUCUUCAGCCGCCUCUUCGUGGGACUCGCGGUGACGGCGUGCGUGGCAGCGGCCUGGGUCGGCGCGACCCACGCCAUCAAGUUCGCUUAUCGGAGGGACGAGAUCCCCUGGCCUCCGUGGGAUCAGACGCCUCUCAACGCCUCCGAGCCGCCUCCAUUGGCUCGGCGGAUCGUCGUGGAGGGUUUGCGGGAACGAGAGCGGGAGCGUGAGGACGUUGUCGACCUCACGUGUACGAGCGAGGGAGUAGACGUUAAGCCCCCUCCGCUUUCGUUCCCGUUCCCGUUCCCGUCCCUGUCCCGAUCCCGUGGACUUUCUAAUGAUAAGGCCGAAGUAUACGGAGCGCCGUUCUUGACCACAUGGUGCUGCACUCUAUGGACGGCCCUGUUUCUCCCUCUCUUUCUAUUGAUUCAAAUAGUCUUGAUUCGGGAUGUUGCCACGGUUCGCUCCCUGUUCAAAGAAGCCACUCAACAGCUGAAAGGACGGGUCGUCACGCCGUUCAAGUUUUCCUUGCGGAUCAUGUUCUUCUGCGUCCUGUGGGUGGGAACGAAUUACCUGUACAUGUUGAGCCUUCGAGUCUUGGACGCGACGGACGUGAUGGCCCUGUAUGCAACGAGCGUGGGCUUCGUCUAUCUUCUCUCUUGGGUCGUACUUCACGAUCAGUUCGUCGGGGUUCGGAUCGUGGCGGUGAUUCUAUGCAACACGGGAAUCGCACUGUUGGCAUACAUGGACGGGGUGUCUCGGACCCCGACCCUCGGGGGAGUGGUCCUCGGAGCGGCUGCCUCCGCCGGUUCUGCCGUCUAUAAGGUAUGCGGCGCCUGUGUUUUUUUUCGUCCCCGUUUGCUUUUCUCGGUGAUGCACCAUGUUUUUCCUGCUUUCCGCUUCUUUCAAAAUGAUUCACACGCGUUGCACGAUGUUUCGUACACCCUUUACCUCCCCAUGGAUCUGGGGGACGGUAUCGACUGGCGAGAGCAGGUAGGGUCAAGGGCACGAAACAUCACGAAACGAAUGCGAAUCGUUUUAAGGAGAGACAUUUUGUCGUUGGUGCAUGGCAACGUGCAAGACUUACGACGCUCGCUGAAACUCACUGUACCUUCGGGAAGACGUCAUUCGCCCCAUUUCUCACUCAAACUUGACGCUGGUGUUCGCAAGGUGAUAUUCCGGAAGCUGAUGGGGGAAGCGAGCCUGACGACGGUGGCCAUGUUCUUCUCGUUGAUCAGCCUCGUGAAUUCCCUUCUCCUCUGGCCCCUUCCGCUCGGUCUUUAUCUGACAGGCGUCGAGAAGUUCUCCUUCUCCGAUCUUCCCUGGCUGCCGCUGCUGAUCGCCGGAGGCCUCUCACUCGUGGCGAACAUCCUGGGGAACUUGGGGAUUCUGCUCACCUACGACAUCUUCAUCACGAUGGGUCUCGUCGUUGCCGUCCCCUUGUCUGCCGUUCUCGAUCACGUCUGGUACGACGUAGAAUUCGCAGGAAUGAAACUAGCCGGUAUCGUUCUGAUCGUGAGCGGAUUCCUUCUCGUUCUGCUGCCCGAGAAUUGGACGGAUUACUUCGCCCUUCUCCUCAGAAAUUUGACUUUUGAACUGGUGUCGAGCUAG